AUGUUGAACAUUGGUCUACAGCGUACUUUCUUCAUUUACAUAUCUUCUCUUUGUCAGACUUGUACAAUUCGUAUAUUUAACACUUUUUGUGAUCUAUCUAUCUAUCUAUCUAUCUAUCUAUCUAUCUAUCUAUCUAUCUAUUAUUCAAUCAAUAAAUCAGUCAAUCUAUCUAUCUAUUUAUCUAUCUAUCUAUCUAGUCAAAAUAUUAAGUUGUGUUACACAUUACCGCCGCUGGCUAGCAGCAAUGCGAAAAGGGGAGCGGAGUGCGUAAGUCUUCCCCUACCAGUAUAUAGCCUCUCCAUCAGCAAGUCCUAUGUAGUGUCACCCCCUGGCGACACAUGGCAACCGAGCACUUUGCGGGCUCGGGCUAAACUACAGGGGACGGGGGAUGAUUUUGCACCCCUCAACAUGUGGCAUGCUGGCCCAAUGAUACCCGGUAUCUAUCUAUCUAUCUAUCUAUCUAUCUAUCUAUCUAUCUAUCUCUUCAUUAUCUACCUGUCUGUCUACCUGCUCAUUAUCUAUCAAACUGUGCAUUAUCUAUCUAUCUUUUUCUAUCUAAAUGUUCAUUAUAUAUCUAUCUAUGUGAUCAUUGCCUAUCUUACUAACUAUUCAUUAUCUAUCUAUCUAUCUAUCUAUCUAUUAAUUAAAGAUUCCAUUUAUAAUAUUCGUCUGAAGAAGUCCUUGUUUUCCUGUAUUGUCAUUCAAGUAUGUGUCAUUUAA